AGGUGAGAUUUCAUUUCCGCCACCGAUCCAACAUGGCGCCGUAGAUACGUUGUUAUUGUUCUACUACUCAUUCAAGCCUUGGUUUAUCUCCCAUCUUAUACACGGAAACUGCCUAAGGAGGUUGGCGUGGGUAUGAGAGGAAUAUCAGGAGAUAAUGCUGAGAUCAACCGGCUUCUUUCGUGGGCUUGACUGUCCAUUUUAUACGGAACCCACAGAGGGCAAAGACAGCGGGUGCAACAGACCUUACUGUCACUUCAGGCACAGCCAGCAGAGACGGAUUUCCUACGUAGCAGCAGUCGACAUUAAAAAGCUCCAUACCGCCCAAAAAGAACAAGGCUAUGACCCCUUCAAACCAGAAGUUGUGAGGCCUCAGGAGCAGCAGAAUGGGGCGCCAUCCCCCUCGGGAGACAUCAGCGGUGCUCUGGAGCUGGUCAACAAGGCCAUCGAGGAGGUUAGCAAUGAGGUGGAGAGGGAGAGGAGGAAGCUGUCUAGGAUCGGGGACGGACCUUAUGAACCCAGUGGAAGAAGUGUGCCUUCCUCGGAUGCUGUUAAAGGUCAAGCGACAGCAGCAGCAGGCACACACUUGGCCUACGAUCCUGGGUGUUACCAGAUGACGUCAGGGGGGUAUAACCCCAAUCCUGGUUGCAGCAAGUACACUCUGGAUUUGGACAGUCGGGGAAGCAAUAGCAACUCCAUGGAGUACGUACCUACGUCUUUGAAAAAGAAUCCACCUCGGACACACACGCAACAAAUCCCCUCUCCUCCCCCGAGUCCUAAAUUUUCCAGGACAUCCUCCUUGACAUGUAAAUACACCGUGGACACUUCCAGACCCUCUACAGACAUGGAGUAUGACCCGCUCUCCAACUAUGCUGCAGGAAUAGCGGGAAAGACUAAAAGGGAUGAUAACAACCGUGAUGUUACGGUGGAGGGCAAAAAGACACACAGCCUCAAAGCAUCAGCUGACACUUUUGUCCCGUCUGUGAAAAACCCACAGCAGCAGACUGUGAGCACAAACAAGUACGCAUUCUCUGACUCGGAUGGGGAGAGCUCUGGAACCGAAUACAGACCCACUUCGCUUAGUAGUCUCCAGCAGAGGCAAGGCAAGAGUUUAAUGCUGAUGGGAACCAAUUUGGGGAAAGAGAGGACUGAGGGUACCCUAAAAGCACUGGGGCAGAGAAAUGAACAGAACUUGCACACACAGGGGCAGCUAAAAAAAAGGACCAGCCCAAAUAAAAAGAACACGGUCAGUCAAAGUAGUCACAUAAAAAGUGAGAAGGUUCAGAAUGCAAAAGUGGGCCAAACCUCUCUUAUUAGUAAGAGCAGCAACAAGAAUAAGAAGAAAGAGUCCCAAAAGAACUCACACCAGGACUCUACAAAAAAGGAGAAUAAAAGCCACGGGAAGAGUAAUGAUCGAAAGAACAUUGUUAAGGUGAUGACAGCUGAUAAAGUUAAUAGGGAACACAAGAGAGGCGAUGGAAAGCUUAAAUCUCCGGGGCAAGUAAAAACGAACUUGAGCAAACGAGACAAAGCCACAGAAAACGGUGCAGGGGAAAGCAGGAAGUCCAAGACGUCGGACAAGGAGCAAAGCAAGCAGAAGGUGAAGCAACACAAAAACAGUAAAGUGGAUGGUAGCAAAACAAUUAAGGUUGGAAAGAAACUUAACAAAAGCAGCUCUUCGAGUGCCAGCGCUAAGAGCACAGCUAGUCCUGCGAGCAGCAAAGAUAAAGUCAAACAUAGCAUUAGCCCCAAAAACGGGAAAAGGCUGAAGCAAAAAGAAAGAACCGUGAGUCUCAGUCACGCUGAUCUUUUUGGGGAUGAGAGUGCAGAGGAGGCCGAACCGAUGGAGGUGGAUGGCGGCGAUGAAGAGCCGGAGGAAAUUCUCGUGAGGAAAUGUGCUGAUGCUUUAAAGAGGGGGCGACUGAAUAAGAGGAAAGCAUCAGAGCUGACGCCGUCUUCCUCUGAGGAUGAGGAUGAGGGCACUACAGAGCAGACUGGGGCAGAUAAAGACGUUACCGGAAUGGACUUGUCAAUCUUCCAGGAUGAUUUGGACUUUGACUCAGAUCCGAUGGAGGAGUGUUUACGAAUCUUUAAUGAAUCCAAGGAUGUGAAGAAGGAAGACAAGGGAAGGCAAACAAAGCAGCCCUCCAGAGAUUUAGAGGAGGAGAAGAACACUGAGAGCACUUUAACCACUCUCUUCCCUGGUCAGAAGAAGAGAAUUUCACACUUUGUUGCCAAAGGAACUAGCGAUGCACCUUCAAAGAAUGUGGUUCGGCCGUACAGGAGACCCACACCUCAGGAGGUUUGUUAUCAACGCAUGCAGGUGGCGCAGCAGCAAGCUGCUCAGUUCUCUGCUUCCAUCAAAGCUGCCUCACAGAGCUCUUCCAGCACUGGCUCUUCAGGAGGCAAGAAGAGGAUCGCACACCGUCCCAAUCCGCUGUUAAUAUCCUCCAACACAAGUUCUUCAGAUCCUAAACCAGCUGGCAGCCUGCUUGUUAGGACCCAAACCACAGCUGGUAUCCUGUCAAAGACCACAUCCACCAUCGCACAAAAAAGAGUGGCUCACACACCCACCAUGAAGAGUGUUUCAAUGAAGCGUCCCAUCAUCCCCAUUGAGUUUGGGGCCAAAGUGCCGACCAUCAUUCGCCAGCGCUACCUCAACUUUUUCAUCGACGAGUGCGUCAAGUUUUGCCCAUCAGAGGACGUUGCCUUCCAGAUGGGCCUUGAUGAGGAGAAGGUGGUGUAUGACCGCAGUAACACGAAGAACAUAUAUCUCAACGUAGCUGUCAACACGCUGAAAAAGCUCCGCAACAAGAGCAGCUCAUGCUCCUCACAUGUCAUGAAGGAGACAGGCUUACCUCCUUCCAGGAAAUCACAGUCCCACGAGGACGUACUGGGAGGUCGCCUUGCAGCUACAACAAGUUUCACUGUCAACAGGAUGGGGAAACAACGAGAAGAGAAGCUAAAUGGAGCUGCACUGUACAGAAAGCUGAAGCCAUACCUGAUGACAGAGGAGCAACUGCAGGAGCACGGAUACCCUCGAAUGAACUCCAGGGCCGCCGGAAAAGCUAUUAUACAUAACCUCCCAGAGAAGAAGACCAUCACUGACCCCUUUUCCAAGAUAUGCUGCAGAUGUGGUGCCGAGUAUAAAGUCAACGCCGGCGGUAACUGUGUCCGCAAAGAAGAAUGUGGUUUUCACUGGGGACGUUUGCGCAGACAGAAAGUGGCAGGAGGCUGGGAGACCAUUUACAGCUGCUGCUCCGGGGCUGUGGGCUCUCCAGGCUGCCAGACGGCCAAGCAACAUGUUCAGGAUGGCCGUAAGGAGUCAUUAGGUGGCUAUGUGACCACAUUCAGCAAACCUCUCCCACCAGAUGGCAAUGGAGGAGUAUAUGCAUUAGAUUGUGAAAUGUGUUACACCAAGCAGGGCCUGGAGCUGACGAGAGUAACAGUCAUAAACUCGGACUUAAAAGUCAUCUACGACACAUUCGUCAAACCUGAGAACAAAGUGGUCGACUUCAAUACACGGUUUUCAGGCGUGACAGCAGAGGACCUGGAGAACGCCACCAUCACCUUGAGAGAUGUACAAGCUGUGCUGCUCAGUAUGUUCAGUGCCGAGUCCAUCCUGCUGGGACACAGUCUAGAGAGUGACCUCGUGGCUCUCAAGCUCAUUCACAGUUCGGUGGUAGACACAGCCAUUGUGUUCCCUCACCGACUCGGUUUACCCUACAAACGUGCCUUGAGGAGCCUAAUGGCCGACCACCUUAAACGCAUCAUCCAGGACAGCGUGGAGGGCCACGACUCGAGUGAAGAUGCUUUGGCUUGCAUGGAACUGAUGAUGUGGAAGCUGAAGGAGGACGCGAAGGUCAGGAGAUGACCUCACGCCGCUCCUUCAGGCCUCGCAACACGCCUCGGAAGGAUAUUUUGCCGAGUAAAAAGUAAGCUUUUGAGAUGGUUUCCACACAAUUCUGAGCACAAACAGGCCCAGAUGGUUGCUUCCAGAAUGUGAGAAUGUGACGUGUCGGCCUCUUCAAAGCAGCAGAGCCCUGAUUAUCAGUGUUACUUUUAUUGAUAUUUCAGUCCUCGAUUGUUUGUUAAUGCCCAGGGCCUUGAACAGCAACGAUUUCUGACAGACUGUAACUUCAGCCUACAUUGCACUAGAGGACAGGUCCUCAUCUGUGUUAACAUACAUAAACUUCUCAUGGGAAGGAAGCCACUUGUGUGCAUUGCUUUCUUAGUCUGUUGGGCGUUACUAUGAAAAGGCACUUUUCACAAUGCUUGUACAGGCAAGGUACAUAUUAUCAGGAUCAGUUCCGAAUACACACUCUGUCGCUGUACUUUUGAGUACCAGGCCAUAUCUCUGUCAUGUGCUCUGCAUGAAAAAGAAUAUCUUGAAAUAUAUGAUGGUCUAAGUUGAAUCAGGCCUGCGUUAUUUUAUGUUGACUAGACAGGAUGCUGUAAAUAAGCUCUGUGCAGUUUUCUUUUUGUAUUGUUCAUUUUUGGUUGUUUAUCUUUUCUAUUAAAAUGGUGUUUAGUAGGAGGAGGAGGACGAUGUUGCGUCUUUUUGCGCAAAUAGUUCGUGACAGCUCUCCCUCGGAAGUACAGUGCGGGGCCCCCAUCCGGAGUGUGUGUCCUCUCGGCAGCAGGUGCAGCGGCUGUGGACCUCCUUUCUCCAGCAGAUGUGAUAAGUGAGGAUAAACGGGAGUGAAAGGCUAAACUGAGAGGCCCAUCCUUUGCCUAUUAAGCUCCUCACGUCGCAUGUCAGGAUGCAUUUCCCCAGGCCAGGCCAGAGACCCCAGGUAUUAAAAGAGCCAGAUAGCUGGGAUCAAUACCCACACAAUGUUGCAGUGACAGGGAGGGGGGCUUCCUAGUGUUUACUGACUGUUGCCGAGGUUUUCUUCAAACAUGCGGAGCAAAGCAGCUUAGAGGGGUUGUCUUCAUUAUGAAAUUCAAUCAAUGCUUUCCUUUCUCUCUCUCUCUCUGCCGUGAUCACCGUUGACUAGUCGAGGGUUACGCUAAUGUGGGGGCUCUGAAAUUGACCCCAUGCUGAGGGAAGGAGAGCAGAGAAACACUUGACUAAACUUUUUUUCUAUAAUGUAAGUCUUAACAAAAUGUAAAUGCUUUCGUUUGUUUCAGACAACUUACAUCGUAAAUAACAUUGCAUGUUUUUUUUUUUGCACAAUGCAUAAUAUCCGACAAGCAUGUUUUUUUUACAUUUGCGCAAUUCAACAUAUCCGUAAAGAAGUAGGGAGAAGAAGAAUGUUCACCUGUCAUAGACAGAGACGCUCGCAUCGAGUGGGUUUGUCAACGUCGCCGCCAUAUUGUGUCAAGGCUGCGCUGUACAUUUAUACAAGUAAACGUGCUUGCUUUCACAAAGAAAUGUGUGUUAGUGCCUCUCGUUUAUACAUUCACACGCGCACUAAUAGACUUUGGAAACAGUUAGGCACCAAAAACUUGACAAGAUCAAAUACAUUGUUUUUGGUGCCUCUUUCCCAAGUCUAGUAGUGCGUGUGUGAAUGUAUAAACGUGAGGAAUUAACAAGAAUUUUGUUGUAGAAAGGCGCUGUAUGAAAGUAAGUACAUUUACUUGUAUUCAUUGACAGCGCAGCUUUGCCAAAUCCAAUAUGGCGGAGACCUUAGAUAGCUAACGAAGUGACGAAAGAAAAACGCGUUAUAGAACAUACCUCCGUCAGGAAACGCACAUACAGAAUUUUGCUCUUUUUUUCCUCAUUGCUUUUCCGUUUAGUUUCCAGUAAAUUUCUCGUAGUUUGACUUUCAUCAAAAACGAACCAAAAAAAAAUCCUCACUGAUUGUAACCAGGAGCAGCAAAGUGGAACUAAAGUUUUUAUUGCUUGACUGGGGAAUAUCCAUUAGUUUCAAACGCAAAUGUUGACAGUUAUGGUUGAAAAUGAAAGGAGUAAAAAAAAGACAUGUGUAAAUAGGACACAGACUGUAGACUAAGCAAUACUUACUAAAUGACAAAUAAAAUCAGGAUAAAGCACUGUAUAUCAGACACGCUGGUAUAACUACUACUUAUUACUACCGAUUAGUGUGAUAACUUAAUUACCAUUUGACAUUGAACAUCAAGACAAAGCAUUUAUAAACAAUGUGAAAUACCCCGAUGGGUGUUAUGCUACUACCUUCUGCCUUUCAUGCAGAUGAUGUGCGUUCGAUUCCUGACCAGAACCCCAACACCCAUCUUCUGGAGACGUCCAGUGCCGUUCCCAAGCUCGGCUAAAUAGGAGGGUUGUAUCAGUAUUUUUGGCCUUUUGACAAUGUUAUUACAGAUUAUGGAACUGAAAAUGUUUUUAGCAAGUAGCCAAAGCAAACCCGAUAAUGCAUUUUUAUAAAGCUUAUUUCAUUAAGUUUAGAAUUCGCUGGUAUUGUUGUAAAUCUACAAUGUGGUGUCAUGACGGAGAAACAGCAUGGAACCAUACAUUCUAAAAGAUGGAGAAACCCCACAUUCUCCACGACAAAGAUGGGCUGGUUGCCCAAAGCAAUGAAUUCCACCGAAAUUCCAGCUUGGUGCUUUGGCGUAGCAGCCUUUUAGUCGUUGGCCUUGCUCUGUUUUCGUCCUGAGAUGAUGUGUUAAAUUUGUGGUAUUCAAUGCAGGUCUGCUAGUACCACCCCUUUUUAAAUUGUCAUUUUGUAGGAUUAUUUUCAUUUACAAUGUAGACGUACGUUCAUACAGCUGACGAGGCUUUUUUUUUUUUUUUACUUUCCAGCCUGCAGCAAAAACAAAGCACUUUACAGCAGAUGCCAUAAAGGUGGGCUCAUCCUCUGAUCAGUAAAAAAUUUAAAAAAGGGGGAAAUUCAGGCCAAUUAUCUCAUCAGGGAGGGUAUCUGUUGUAAAAAAAAAAAAAAAAAAUUAUAAAAUAAUGUAAAAUCAGGUUUUUGCUUUUUUUGUGCUGAUAAAAUUAUAAAAUUACAUUUAAUCUGCAAUUUUGGGAAAAAAACAUGCUGCAUCUUCAGUCAGCAGAUGAACCCGGACGGAUAGAGUCCACGACAAAGGUGACACAUUCAUUAUUGUAUAUAUUUGUACCAGUAUGCUUGAAAUUGUAUCUAACUUUAGUUUUAUUGCUUAACUUGAAAAAGACAACAGUGUUUAUUCCUUGUUAGUGUGGCCUCAGUUUUUACCCUUGACCACAGCCAGCCUUGCCCGCUGUGGGUUCCACACCCACAGCUUCCCACCCCACCCCACUCUUUGUCUUUAAU